AUGUUUCUUCGUCUACUUCGUUCAUAUGAUAAAACAAUAAUAUUAAAUGGAAUAAAAUUUUCUCGUUUUCUUUCUGAAUCAUCAUCAUCAUCAAGAGGACGUGCAUUAAAAUGUUAUAAUAGUAAAGAAAUUUCAUCAUCAAUGAAAUUACCCGUAUUAAAACGUGUAGCAAGAAAAAAACCAACAUGGAAAGAAACAAAUAUAUUAAAUCAACGUGAAGAACAAUAUUUUAAUGUAAUUGCAUAUGCAACUGCUGAUUGGUAUGAUUUAGAUCGAUUAAAACAACGUUUUAUUUCAUUAUCAAAACCACCUCAAUUAAUUCAUAUAUCAAAUAUGUUAGAUAAUGUUUUAUGUAUUCAAAUACAUCGUGAAAUAAAAGAAAAAAGUGAAGCAUUUAUAUUUGAUGAUGGUGCUGUUAUUUUUUGGAAUGUUCAAAUAAGUGAAAAUCAAUAUCCAAAAGAUUUAAUUAAUAAUGAAAAAGAAAUUAUGAAUUUUAUUGAAGUUUCAACAAUGAGUACAAUUAAUAAUGAUAUUAUUAAAGUUAAUUGUCUAUCUGAAACAGAACAAUUACUUGAUAAAUAUACAUUUUCAAAUGCACUUGCACUUUCAGUUAAAUUAGGAAUUUGGGAAGCUUUACUUGAUGAUGAAGUUGAAUUUGUUGCUGAUUUAGCAAAUCGUUUAAAACAAGAACACCAUAUUAAAAUUGAACGUGGUUUAAUGCAACGUAAAAGUGGUGAACUUUAUUCACUUAAACAUGCUGUUAAUCUAAGUCAUGACUUUCUUGAUACACCGGAUUUCUAUUGGUCAAAUAGUCGAUUAGAAAAUCUUUAUAAAAAAAUCUUUAAUUAUUUUACGAUUGCUAAACGAACAAAAGUUUUAAAUGAACGUUUAAGUUUUUCACUUGAACUUAUAUCAGUUAUUGAAGCAAGUUUAAAUGAAAAAAAACAUGUACGACUUGAAUGGAUUAUUAUUACAUUAAUAUUUGCCGAAGUUUUUUUCAAUAUAAUUGAUCAUAUUGAUUUUUCUACAUGGAAAUUUUCUUCGAAAAAUUCUAAAUCUUUCGAUGAUUAA